GAGAUAUACAUAUAAGCAGCAGCAUCCCUUAGCAAAAAAUAUAUAAGAAAAAAAACAGAAAAUUUGCAAAAAUAUAAUAAAUUUUUACUUAAAUAUAUAAUGGACUAUCAAAAUUUUCCUGGAGCUGGAGAUGAUUCAAAUAAUGAAUCCGUAGAAGUUUUACGUGAACGUUUAAAUACCAUGAAACGUUUAAUGGCUGAACGCACAGCCCAGCAACAAAAGAAUCCUGCUAGCACCGAAGAAAUCUGGUCUACACACCGCCCACAUAGGCCGCCUAGCAUGAUAAAUGGGAACAUUUUAGGCAUGUGUUUUGCUGGUGCUUUACUGGUUAUUAUCUCAGUUUCUGUAUACGCUUUUUAUAGUCUUUAUACGGCUGUUUUAAGAAAAUUCCCCUCUAAUCAUGAGGAAUUAUAAAUGGUCACAAAUAAGAGUAAUUAGCUUUUAAGACGAAAUGAUUCUUAUAGAAUAAAAUUAAUAAAUAAAUAAAAUAUUACAUUGCCAUUAAAGGUUUUUAAAUGUUA